UUAAUUUUGUUUAAUUCAAUUAUAAAACAUUAAAUGUGUUGAUAAAAUUAUAUGAAUGUUGUUUUAUAUAUUUGGAUAAAAGCCUUCAAUAUUCCAAUUGGUUUUAAUAUUAAAUGAAAUUCCUCAAUUCCGGCAACACUGCGUACGUACUAAUUUAUUAUCCCGAAUGACGCUCAUGAAUUCGUAGCAAAAAGGAAGACAAAAUACCAUUUAUUUCAUUAGUUAUUCUACUAUCGAUAUCGUUUAAGAUAUAUAAAGUUUUUAUUUUCCACUGAAAAAAUGUUCAUAUAAAUAACAUAGACAGAUAUGCUUGGCAACCGCGCAUAACGAAAAGUAUUUUGUAUCUAAGGCGGCGAACAAUUGACUGUCUGCUAAUCCGAUAGUUGACUGUGAGAUAAACGUCAACUUUACGAAACGGAAUAGAUAUAAAUAAUUAUUGUUUUAUUUUAUGAAUAUAAUAUAUUUAGAUAAGUUAAAUAUCAUUAUUUUUAUAGUUUUAGUAUAAAUAUUUGUGCAUAGUUAUAAAAAGUGAUAAUUUAAGUGGUGGCGAGUUAAAAAUAUUUAUAGGUUAUGUUGACACCUGUAUCGGAAUUGUGGGUUAUUAUUUUACAAAAUCGAGACGUUUAAAGCAGGAUAACAAAUUAUUAUUGGGAUAUCAAGGAUUUUUUUAAGUUGCGGGUUAUUAGUUAUGAAGAAAAUAAAUCUAAUUGUAUGUUCGAUUUUUAUAAUUACGGAUAUGACUUUUGAAAUAUCCGCCUCCAAUAUUUUGAUAGUAGACAACGUUCCGUCACCUAGCCAUCAGAUUUGGAACUAUGGAAUCGUCAAAGCGUUAUUAGAAAGGGGGCAUAAUAUCACUUUGUUGGGAUUAAGAAACAUCGACAUUAUCCUUCAUGAAAAUUUAACUAUGUACGAAUUAGAAGCAUUGCCUGAAUCGACGAAAAACGUUUUAAACAUCAACAAACUACAUAAAUAUGGGGUACUUGACAACAUUAAAUUAAAAAACGAUUACGAAAUUUCCACGUGCACUCGUAAUCUCGAAUCUCCAUCUUUAAACGCCAUCUUAAAUUACCCAACAGAUUUUUUCGAUUUACUUAUAUUCGAUAUAAGUUUCAGUUGUUUAUUACCUUUAAUUAAAAAAUUCGAUUUCCCCCCCAGCAUCGGUAUAACUGCUUUCAUGAUCCCCAAAUACAUAUCGGAUAUUUUCGGUAAAGACGUCAACCCUUCCUACGAACCCUUCAUGUAUACGACAUUUUCCACCGAUAUGAAUUUCGCCCAACGAAUCCAAAAUUAUUUUUUCACGUAUUUUGAUACCUACACGUGGCGCAGGCUUUACGAUUCCGAGUUGAUUCAAGUAUUGAACCGAUCGUUCGGAAAUCACAUGCUACCUCUUCAUCAUCUACACGAUCAUCUUUCGCUGCUUCUUUGUAACCUGGUGAUUGGUUUCCACUAUCCGAGAUCGUUACCGCCUAGCGUGAUACCUAUCGGAGGUGUCCAUUUGGACCUUAUCAACAAAUUACCUAAAGAUCUUCAGGAAAUAGUGGACGAUUCCCCCCACGGUAUCAUCAUAUUUUCGUUAGGAUCGAAUCUAAAUUCCAACGAUAUGGAUUCAACUAAAAUCCGUUAUAUUCUCGAUGCAUUUUCGAAAUUAAACGAAACCAUUUUGUGGAAAAUAACAAAGACGUUAGAAAACGUACCAAAAAACGUGAUUUUGCGCAAAUGGUUGCCUCAACAAGAAUUACUAGCUCACAAUAAAACGAAAUUGUUCAUCAGCCAUUGCGGUGGAUUGAGCACCGUGGAAGCGGCACGUUUCGGAGUACCGAUUUUGGCACUACCUUUUAUGCUCGAUCAAAAUCAAAACGCGGAACAAAUUGAGAAUCAAAAGUGGGGAAAAGUUUUGCCUUUCCAAAAAAUAACCACCGAAAAUAUUUACGACGCUAUUCAUCGGCUUCUACAUAAUCCCGAAUAUCGUACGAACGCUCAAAGAAUGUCACGUUUAGUUAGAGAUCAAACUGACAGUUCUAGAGAGCGCGCCAUCUAUUGGAUAGAAUAUGCAAUUAGACAUAACGGCACUCGGUUUUUAAAACCGGAAACUACGAAUUCAUCGUUUUUUAUAAGAUAUUCCUUAGAUAUUUUAACAUUUUUAACCGUACUGUCGAUAAUUUUAACGAAAUCGUUAAUAACUACAUUGAAAUUUUUAAUUACGUAUUGUAUAAAUCGAAAGGUUAAAGUUGAAUAAACUUAUUUUCGUUAAUAAA